AUAAAUAAGCAUAAGUAUAAGCUCUUUGAACAAAUAGGGAAAGGGGGUUCAUCUAAAGUUUUUAGAGCUUCAGUCAUCGAUUCCCCGCACCGCUACCUUGCCAUAAAGAUUGUCAAUUUAGAAGAUCAAGAAUUGUCAACCGUCUCAGAAUUAAAAGGAGAAAUAAAGAUUCUUCACAAGCUAAGGCAUUGUCCCCGAGUGGUAAGACUUUUGGAUUACUCGUUGACUUCAAAAGUUAUAUUUUUCGUUAUGGAAUGUGGUGACUUAGAUCUGGCAACAGUGUUAUCAAACCGUCAUCUGAUGUCACGAUUUUAUGAUCUUGAAUUCAUAAGAUAUCAUGCCCAAGAAAUGGUCAAAUGCAUAAAUGCUAUUCAUGAAAUGGAUGUUGUUCACUUAGAUUUAAAGCCUGCAAACUUUGUUUUUGUUUCUGGGGUUUUGAAGUUGAUCGAUUUUGGAAUAAGUAAUUCUAUCAAAGGUCAUACAGUCAAUGUGUAUAGGGAGUAUCAGAUGGGCACGCCCAAUUACAUGGCGCCUGAGACUUUACUCGAUUGUGCUGAGUCAGACAAUGGGUCCAGUGUUUGGAAAGUAGGUAAACCAGCUGAUAUCUGGUCUCUUGGCUGUAUAUUAUACCAACUAACGUAUGGAUUGACUCCUUAUGCUUCAUAUACGGGAACAAAGAAAAUUUUAGCAAUCACGAAUUCAUCAAUUAAUAUAAGCUAUCCU